CCUGCUGAUGGCACUACGCCACAUUCCGGAUUCCUUUACACUUGACUGGCAAGAGGAGGGGACCGCGCAAGCUCCCGCUUUGCACGCUAACAGGCAGGAGAGACGCGCUGAAGGCACCGGCUCUUCGCUUCAGCGCUUUACAAAUCUUUCCGAAUAAUAACACGAAAAAUCCAUAAAUGCGUCCAGCGCCCGGCCAGGCCAAGGAAUAUUCUGGGGCCAUCUAGGGUUCGCAGGGGGUUAAGUCAAGGCAGGGCGGCGGGAAGGGAAGUGGCAGCACCUGCGAGCCGGGUGCGUGUGGAGCUACCGGGCUAAGCGAAUCAGAGCAGGCGGCCGAACAGGUGCUUGCUGCCGUCAGGGGCUCGGGGCGGAGCCGGGCUUGCGAGCCGGCCGCCUGUUUGUGUAGCCGCCGCUGCUGCUUUUGCUGCCGGCGGCGGCCCUUCCGCGAGCUUCCCGGGGCCGCGCGAGGUUUUGUAAGCGCCUCGGCGGAGAUGGGGCUCGGGGAGCGGCGCUGCCAAGCUGGGCCGGCGGCAGCAGCUGGAAAAGGAGCCCCCCAGACCCGCCCGACGACGAGGACAGCGGCUGCUUCGGCUCCACCAAGGGAGGAAGGUCCCGCUGGCCUUGAGAACGCACGGCUCCGGAGGCGGCCCCAGCGGGGCGGCGACACCGAGUAGGCGGCAGGCAAGGGUCGGCUGGCCUCCGUGCGGUGCGCCCGGUAGACGAGAAGGAGGAGGAAGAGGAAGGCACGCGGCUCCCCCGCUGCGGGCUCCGGGCUCCCUGCUCCGCCGGCUUUCGUAGCCUGGAGAGGCCGCCCGGGGCCCGGCCAUGUCCACUUUCUGCCUGGGCCUGGCGGGACCCGUUUCAGCACCUUCCGAGCCGGACAGCGCCCGCCGCAUGGACCUGCAAGGGCCGCCUCAGCCGACGUCGCCGGCGGGAGCCAAGGACAGGUGGCGCUCGCCGCCACAGGGGCCCGCCGCCGCCGCGUCGCCGUUCUCUGCCUUCGAGGGGGGCGGCACAGGGGCAGAGCUGGAGCUGGAGGAGGAGCUGGCCCUCUUGGCCGCCGCCGGGGAUGCUGCGCCCGGGGAGCCGGAGCCGCUGGGCCCGGCGGCGGCGCCCCCCGAGCCGGACUUGCUCUCGCUGAUGAGGCAGAAGGAGAAGGAUUUAAUGCUGGCCGCCCGGCUCGGGAAGGCUCUGCUGGAGCGCAACCAGGACAUGAGCCGCCAGUACGAGCGGAUGCACAAGGAGCUCACCGAUAAGCUGGAGCACCUGGAACAAGAGAAGCAUGAACUAAGGCGACGGUUUGAGAACAAAGAGGGUGAGUGGGAAGGGAGGGUUUCGGAGCUGGAGAGCGAUGUGAAGCAACUCCAGGACGAGCUGGAGAAGCAGCAGGUUCACCUUCGAGAAGCCGACCGGGAGAAAACGCGAGCGGUCCAGGAAUUAUCUGAACAGAACCAAAGACUCUUGGAUCAGCUGAGCAGGGCGUCGGAGGUGGAAAAACAGCUCUCCAUGCAGGUUCAUGUCCUCCAAGAGGACUUCAGGGAGAAGAAAUCAUCGACCAGCCAGCACAUAGUACGGCUCGAGAGCCUUCAAGCAGAGAUUAAGAUGCUUACGGAUAGGAAGCAGGAGUUGGAGCGCCGCCUGAGUGCCAUGAUGGAGGAAAACAGCCUCCUUCAGGGGACGGUGGAGGAACUUCAGGACCGAGUGUUGAUUUUGGAACGGCAGAGCCAGGAGAAAAACAUGCAGUUGCAUCAGAGCCAGGUAGAACUUCAGGAGGUCAGGUUGUCGUAUCGGCAGCUUCAGCUAAAGGUGGAAGAACUCAGUGAGGAGAGAAGCCUCCAAAAUUUCAACUCCACCAGCACGUCACUGCUGUCAGAGAUUGAACAGAGCAUUGAAGCAGAGGAGCUGGAGCAAGAGCGAGAACAGCUGAGACUCCAGCUCUGGGAGGCCUAUUGCCAAGUCCGAUACUUGUGCACUCACCUCCGAGGGAACGACAGUGCAGAUUCUGCGGUCUCCACGGACUCGUCAAUGGACGAGUCGUCAGAAACCUCCUCAGCCAAAGACGUGCCGGCUGGUAGCCUGCGGGCUGCCCUCAGCGAGCUGAAGAGGCUGAUCCAAAGUGUUAUAGAUGGCACAGACUCCCCGAGCUCACGGCGAAGUGACGACGAUGCCUUAGAAGAACAAAUCAAGCAGACGAGCGAAGAUUCCAGAGCCCUGAGGGAGCUUAUGGAAGGCGAAAGGGGGAAACUGAGGCAGAGCUUGGAAGAGCUGCAGCAGCUUCACAGCCAGGUGACGCUGCUGAGCGUAGAAAUGACUUCCUUGAAAGAGGAAAGGGACAGGCUCCGAGGUUCAGCUGACGAUAAGGAUACGAACGAACAGCUCUUGAAGGCCAUCAGGGAUCGGGAUGAAGCAAUUGCCAAGAAGAAUGCUGUGGAAAUGGAACUAGCCAAAUGCAAGAUGGAUAUGAUGUCACUGAAUAGUCAGCUUUUAGAUGCUAUUCAGCAGAAGCUUAACCUUUCGCAGCAGCUGGAGGCGUGGCAGGAUGACAUGCAGAGGGUCAUUGACCAGCAGCUGAUGGACAAACAUCCAAAGGAGUGGAGCCAGCCCACCUAUUCCUUCUCCAGCGGUCAUGGAGCAAAGCGGCACACUAGACCCUCUCCCUUGCUGAGGCCAGAGCAGCAGGGGUCUGAGCCCAGUGGGGCAGAAGGGAAUCGUCUCUUUUCUUUUUUCAAGAAAAAUUAAUUGGACCAGAGAAGCCAUUCUCAAUUACUUUUCCUUUUUAGUUUUUAAAUUUUUUUUUGAGAAGGAUCCUGGAGAGAAAGGUUUAGCAAGCCCUUCUUGUGGCGGACAACGGUCCCAAAUUUGGAAAAUGGAAGAAGCCACCAAAAAAAAGGGCCAAGGAGUCCUCCUCCCCACCCCUUAAGAACACUGCACUAAUCUUGCAAACCGUGUGGUCUGAACUCAAUGUUUACAGGCAUCAUAGUCAAAUUGCCGAUCUUCUGCGUGAUAGCAAUUGAAAGGACACUUUUUAAAAAUACCUUAAAACAACACGAUAAGAAAAUGCAAAAUAUUCAGGGUCUCUUGUUAGGUCCGUUGUUUCUGCUGUGAGUAAUCCAGAUGUCUUAAAAGUCAUUCUCUUCUACAUAAGAGGGAGCUUUAAAGAACCAGUCCAGAUGUAGAAGGGGGGCGGAGAGAGGGGAAAUAUCCAUGAGCAUGUGUUUUAUUUGUUCAUAUUCCUUCAGUCUUGGCCAACCUUUGACAAUCUAGUGUCCCCCAGAUAUUGUAGUCUAUAGCUCCCAUCAGACGCAGGCAUCAUGGCUGUGCUGGGGUGCACCAGGUUGGUGAAGGCUGGUUUUGCCCCUCUAUUCUUCUUUUAUCAUAAGUGAGAAACAGCGGCUGUUGCUAUUGUUCUGGGCAGUCAGAUAGAACUCAAUGGAUGGGUAUGUGUUUGUGGUCUAUUCUUGUCCAUUGGGAGCUCAGCUGGUGGGGUCAAUCUGAUUUCUCUGCUCUUUCAUAGAGACUAUAGUUGCAGGGAAUUGGGCAGGGUUCUCACCAGUUGAAGUUGUAAAGUGGGCUGCACCAAGAUUCCACAGCCGAAUGCGCAGCUGCUCUUAUGCCAAGACAAGCACCAUACCAGCAGAAGAAUCCCUGGGAAAAUACAGCUACCUCUGCUUGUGAGGGUCAACGUCUAAGUUUUUAUAAAUUCUUGGAACUGAGAGUCUCUCCGCUCCCCCACCCCCUGAGUUUAUUGAGUAAAUUCAGACCACUCACUCACUUCUAAACCUUGAUCUAGGGGUAGCCAGAAUGGUGCCCUCCAGAUGUUGUUGAAUGACAGCUCCCAACAUCACUGACUAUUAACCAUGCUGAUGGGAGCUGUAGUCCAACAGGCAGGGCACCAUGUUGGCUACCUUUGACUUAGUCCUAAUCCCCCUCUGGCUGCUUUUGUAGAUGAGGCUAAAUUGGGGGGUGGGUAGUAGGGUUUUUGGAAGAAUAGCAAUGACAGGAGCAUGGCAUUUUGACUAAGAGUAGGUGCAAUGCCCACAUGCAGUGGGCCUUCCUCCAAGAGGGGAAAAUGUUGCUGAGUCCCAACUGUCAUGGCCAAUGGUUAGUGAUAGGGGCAGCUAUGUAGUUCAGCAACAAACUGAUGGUCCCAGGUUCCUCAGCCCUGUGAUAGAAGGAGGCUAGGCAAGAAUCCGUAUCUGCUUGGCAUGAUAGUGUUCUAGGCCAGAGGUAGCCAACGUGGUGAUCUCCAAGUGGUGUUGGAUUCCCAUCAGCUCCAGCCAUUGGCCCUGCUGGGAGUCCAUUAAUAGCCAGGGGGCACCACAUUGGCUACUCCCCUGUUCUAGGUGGGGAAGGUUUUUGGGGAGGAUAUUUUUAUGGAGAGCGGCGGCCUGCUGUGGUGGACCUUAGACAGAGGUUGACUACCUCUAUGAGAACAAAUCCUUUUCCAGCCAUAGACACAAGAGGGUGCAUGGAUGCCCAGCCCAACCACUUCCUGUUGAUUCUUAUUAGCCCUCCAAAAAACAGGAAUCCACUUAGGUGGAGAGCACAGACUGUCGCUGUAGAGGCCCUUCCCAGCUGGAGUGACUGAGUCUGCUGUAGCCAGCAGGAAUCGGGCGGGCACGGAAGGCUUGUAAAGGAAAGACAAAUUGCUUAUGCCAAAUAUUGUUAGACUACACCUCUUAUCCUCUUCAUUGGUCAUGCAUGGUGGGGCUGAUGGGAUUUGCAAUCCAGUAAUGUCUGGAGGGCCACCGGUUAACUAGCAGGGGCUUAUGCAGAAAGGGGGUCCAUUCCACCAGGGAUUGGGGGAGUCUGGCCCUCCAGGUGGUGUUGGACUCCAACUCCCAUCAGCCCCCAGGCAUCAUGGCCGAUGGUUAGGAGAUUGUGGACGUUGUGGUCCAGUGACACCUGGAGGGCCACAGGUUCCCAAUCCCUGCAUUACAACUAUGUCUAGAACAGCUUGAGGAAGUAUAAGGAACAGGGUAUGUGGAUUUGUAGGGAGAAUCUGGCUAAAACAGAGAAAGACGCCUCCUGUGUAACAGAAGUUAUGAUCCAUAUUCACCCACUUGCUUUGCAGCCAUAGCAGCUCCGUGUCAGUGGGGUAAAGAACCUUAGACAGCUCCUUGAAAGUUCAGGCUAAAACCUGGAGUGGAUUAUGAUGCCCCACUGACACGGAUCCGCCAGCCGUCAUGGCCUGGUGGAAAUUACCCUUGAGGACAUGGGUCUUGCUUUUGAGUAAGCGUGCAUAAGAUCAGGGCAAAAUCCUAAGUACUAAAAGGGGUGGGGGAAAGAGUCUACAAAACUUUGAUGCACCACAUUUUUGCCAUCUUCUCCUGCAAGGUUAGCGGUUGGGACAGUGAAAGGAAAGCAAUAAAAGAGAUGAGGAGAUAUUGUCUUCCCACCCACCCCUUGAGAACCCCGACAGCCACACUCGUAGACCCUUUCCAGCAGUUGGCAGCCCCCACCCAUUGUUGACUGCUACCACACGGCCUGCCAUAUCAGCCCAAUGCUGGGGGACGGAUUCCAGCAAACCCAUACAUCACACUGUGGUAUUACUGACCCACACGGCCAGGGAUUGGAGGAAAAAGAGAGCGCUUGGUGGCAAAGGUGGAUGGGGCUGACUGUGGAGCAACUGCAUGGGGACCCACUUCCUGUUCUUUCUCACCCCCCCCAAACUCCCCAGUGUUAGGUGAGAGCAUACACCAGGGGCAUCAUUGUGACACUACCUAGAGAAUAGAUCAGACAUGUGAUUGCGCAGAGAUUCAAUCAGUUUUUGUAAAAAAAGUUAAUUCUUGCACUUAAGUAUACAGUGGUACACUUCACAACCAGAAUUGGGAACCUAUGGCCCUCCAGAUGUUGCUGGACCCCAACUCCCAUCAGCAUGGUUAAGAUGGGGUCCAGCAACAUCUAGAGGGGGUGCUGGUUUCCCAUCCCUAUUUUAGACAGACAGCCAAGCUCUGCCCAUUAAGCAUAACACAAAGGCAGGCUGAAAAUGCAGGAGGGGAACUGCAGAGCAGCCGUCCGGAACCUGUGGGCCUCCCCAGAUGUUGCUGAACUACACCUCUCACCAUCCCUGGCCAUUGGCCAUGCUCGCUAGGGCUGAUGGGAGUUGAUGGAUUGAGACUGGUCAUAUGCCACUUCCCUGCAGCGAGCUGUGCCCAAACCAGCUUACAACAAACAUUUGAAACACAAAGCACUGGGUUAGUUGGGAGUCCAACAUCAUCUGGGUGGGCCACAGGUUCGCCCCUCCUGCUUCAGAGCCGCUAGCUACCUUUCCCCCUCUGUUGUUGACUCUGCUGAUCUUCCUGCAGAUUGGCUAGUUCUCCCUUGAGAGCAGUCAAAGAAAUCAGCAGCAAAACAGCAGGAGGGAGGCAGGCAGCCCAUUGCUCCUGCUUUUCCUAUCUCUCUGUUUGGCCCUCCGAGAUCCCUUUUGGCUUUCUCUGGCUGUUUGGCAGGUUAAGAAUUCUCAAGCAGGGACGUGUUAGCUAUGUCUGGCUCCUGUUCAUACAGGAAGUGCAAUGUGCAGCCACUGCCGUUACUGAUGACAAAAAGGAAAGUAAUUGGGGGUCAGGGCACACCUGGAUCUAGAGAGAUGCCCAGUCCACAAAAACAGCAGCGGCAAAACUGAUCCUGGGACUGUACUACUUCAGGAGGGGAAGAGAUUGCAUGUUUGAAUGCCUCUCUGUCAGAAAUAGAUAAAUCCCUGUACCUAGAGGAGGAGAAUUCUAGCCUGCCUUUUUGGCAAGCCACUUCUCAGUUUAUGUGUGGGGUACUUUAAAGGUUUUUAGACAGAUGCAGAAGAGCAUUCAGUCAUGCAAGCACCCCCACUAUGGAGCCUGAAGUGGUAUAUAUAGCUGUUAAGAACAUACAAGGCCCCAUCAAGGCCAGCAUCCUCUUCUCACAGCGGCCAGCCAGCCUUUACACAUUGCUGCUAUUUGAACUAGGCCGUAAGCCAGGGCUGGGGAACCCACAGUUCUUUGGAUGUUGCUGGACUCCACUUGCCAUCACCCAUCCUUGACCAGUGGCCAUGCUGGCUGGGGCUGAUGUGGCAUUGGAAGGGCAGCAACAUCUGGAGGGCCAGAGGUUUCCCAGUUCGAGCAUACAUGAAAAAUGCUAUGAGGGACUACUGGCAACUAGCUUUUCCCACAGAAAAGUGGCAGGUUCUGGGGAGAGUUUGCGCCUCCAAAAACCCUCGGACCUGUCACUGUUCCCCAAGUCAGCAGCUCAAUCUGCUUACCCCAAAGUAAUGCGAGAUGUGCCUGGGAGCUGCAUCAACCCCCGCGCCCCUCCCCGCCCCUUGGUAACCAAGCACACAGCAGGGAUGAACAGACAGAAUGUAUCUAUAGAGGUAUAUGUACAUAUUACACAGUGCAGUAAUUUUUGUAUGUAGCGGUAAUGUAAAUAAAUGUACUUUUAU